AGUGUUUUGAGGAGGUUUAGGGUUUAAAAGCUCGCGGGCUCUAGUUCAGAUAGUAGAGAAGCCAAGCGUAAGGAAGACAUACAUUUCAAUAUUUCAUCCAUCUUCUCCACUCAGUACUCUCAUAACUUCUUUCUCUCUCCUCUCGACUCAUUUCUCAGCUUUUUCUCAAGUUGAUUCAUGGCAGAAGAUGCUCCAACCAAGAAUGAAGAGGAGGAGUUUAACACUGGUCCUCUUUCUGUACUUAUGAUGAGUGUGAAGAAUAACACACAGGUCCUUAUCAAUUGCCGAAAUAACAGAAAGCUGUUAGGGCGUGUUAGAGCUUUCGAUCGCCAUUGCAAUAUGGUUCUUGAGAAUGUCCGGGAAAUGUGGACUGAGGUUCCGAAAACCGGGAAAGGGAAGAAGAAGGCUCAGCCUGUAAACAAGGACAGAUUUAUCAGCAAGAUGUUCCUCCGAGGAGAUUCUGUUAUUAUUGUCCUUAGGAAUCCCAAAUGAGUCUGAUUUGUUUUUUCUGCUAUGGGUUCUGCGCUGAUUCGUGUACUUGUUGAACAUGAAACUAGUAAUACCUUCGUGGAACAUAUAAGUAUGUAGGAUUAGAUCUUGUACUCAAGGGCUGUAGGUCUAUUUUGCGUGAUUGAGAACUCUAGAGAUGGUUUUUCAACUUUAAUGGAGGGUGUACAUUUAAUGUUGGCUGAA